CGAACGCCGGCGCGUCCCUCCGCUCGGCGCUAGCCCGCUGCUUCCCCCACGCACCCCGCACCGAGCCCGCGCUUGGUACGGCCCGCGCCGCCUCCUCGGCUCGUGAGGGAGGCUCGACCCCCUCCCGGGCCGCGGCUCUUGGUGCCGCCCAGGAGAACCAGGUCAUCGGCCGGUUCCCGUGAAAACAAAAACAAUCGGUGGCGCCGCCGGGGGGCAGCCGAACGCGGCGAGCCAGGGGGCUCGGGGCGGGACGCGGCGCCGGGUGGGGCGGGCGAGAGAGCGCGAGCGGCGGGGCCGGGGCGCCAUGGGGCGGGCGGGCAAGCGCUACGCGGGGCUACCCCGACGCCGCUGCUAGCGCGCCCGCCUUACCUUAGCCUCCCGCGCCGCCCGCCGCCUUGGGGGACGAGGAGCAGGACGCGGCCUCGGUGGGGCCCGGGCCGAAUCGCUGCGGACCAUCGAGCGCCGGGGAACCGAGCGCGGCGGUCUCCGGCAUGGAUCAGUGCGUGACGGUGGAGCGCGAGCUGGAGAAGGUGUUGCACAAGUUCUCGGGCUACGGGCAGCUGUGCGAGCGCGGCCUGGAGGAGCUCAUCGACUACACCGGCGGCCUCAAGCACGAGAUCCUGCAGAGCCACGGUCAAGAUGCCGAAUUAUCAGGGACACUUUCACUUGUUUUGACACAGUGCUGCAAAAGAAUAAAGGACACUGUUCAAAAGUUGGCCUCUGACCACAAAGACAUCCAUAGCAGUGUUUCUCGAGUUGGAAAAGCCAUUGAUAAGAAUUUUGACUCUGACAUUAGCAGUGUGGGAAUAGAUGGCUGCUGGCAGGCGGAUAGCCAGCGACUUCUCAACGAGGUGAUGGUGGAACACUUCUUCCGACAAGGAAUGCUGGAUGUAGCUGAGGAGCUCUGCCAGGAAUCUGGACUGUCUGUGGAUCCAAGUCAAAAAGAACCAUUUGUGGAGUUAAAUCGAAUAUUAGAAGCAUUAAAAGUCAGAGUUCUGAGACCUGCUCUUGAGUGGGCAGUAUCCAACCGAGAAAUGCUCAUAGCCCAGAACAGCUCCUUGGAAUUUAAGCUACACCGACUGUACUUUAUUAGCUUGUUAAUGGGUGGAACUACAAAUCAGCGAGAAGCCUUACAGUAUGCGAAAAAUUUCCAGCCAUUUGCUCUAAAUCAUCAAAAAGACAUUCAGGUAUUGAUGGGAAGCCUCGUGUACCUGAGACAAGGGAUUGAGAAUUCACCAUAUGUUCACCUACUUGAUGCAAAUCAGUGGGCUGACAUCUGUGACAUCUUUACACGGGAUGCUUGUGCCCUCCUGGGGCUCUCUGUGGAGUCUCCUCUCAGUGUCAGUUUCUCAGCAGGCUGUGUGGCGCUGCCUGCGCUAAUUAACAUCAAAGCUGUGAUUGAGCAGAGACAGUGCACUGGAGUCUGGAACCAGAAAGACGAAUUACCUAUUGAAGUGGACCUUGGUAAAAAGUGCUGGUAUCACUCCAUAUUUGCCUGCCCCAUUCUUCGUCAGCAAACAACAGAUAACAAUCCACCCAUGAAAUUGGUUUGUGGUCAUAUUAUAUCAAGAGAUGCCCUGAAUAAAAUGUUUAAUGGUAGCAAAUUAAAAUGUCCAUAUUGCCCAAUGGAACAAAGUCCAGGAGAUGCCAAACAGAUAUUUUUCUGAAGAAAUGAGUUUGUUUGCAAUUUGUAAGUGAAACUGAAUUAUGGGUACAUUCGAGACGAGCGAUCCAUUGACUGCAGCUAUCCAAGGACUGCCGGGUUUAUAAGUUGUGCUCCAGAAGCUACUGACACGCUAGUGUGCACGAGGGUGUGCUCCAGAUGGUGUUCCAUAGGGCUUUUAUCACUCUUGGUCUCCGUUUCUGAUCAAGUAAACACACCAGCAGUUGCCAUUCAGUGCAGGUUUUGUACUUACUAUAUGGUGAUUUUGUUACUUAAAAGCAGAAACAGAAGUUGACCUUCCUGACUUGUGUUUAAUAUUCCUGCUUUUACUUCUGUCAUUUUCUUGAUAAUUGUAAGCUUGAGCGUGUUUGUGGAAGAACUUUUUUUCUUGUUAUAUAUACAUAAUUAAAUGAAAAUUCUUUAUAGGAGUUUGACAAAGUGAAUUGUGGUUAUACAACGAAUUUGCUUUUUUGUUUCAUCUUUCUUUUUGGCUUAAGGAAGAAAGCUGUGAUAAAUUCCAGAUUUGUGUUGCUUUUUGAUGUUUUUCUCUGCUCUAGCUCUUGCUUCAAAGUCAGCACGCUUGCAUUUGAGUUCUGUCUGUAGCCCCAGCAGGCUUCCUAUUUAAAAUCCCAUCAUGAAUUUAGCCGGCAGAUGUGAGAAUGAAAGGGAUAUUACUGGUUCUUUGCUUUUAUUACCAAGAGGUGCUUUUUAAAAAGUAUAUUUAAUAAAUGGAAUUCUGAAGUAAGGGUGUUACUAAGUUGAUACAUGGUCUCUCGGUCUUAGCACCCUGUCCUUUGAAGUCUGCCUUCAAGUCUUGGCUGGGUAUCACAUUAGUUUUUCUCACAGACACACAGUGUUGUGCAUGUGGCUAUAAAUAUGUACACCAGCAUCAAACAUUGUAUAUGUGGAAGGGAAAAAGCAUGUUCCAGUUCUAAAUGCAGUUGCCAGACUCAUCACUUCAGGUCAUUAAGGGUAGACGCUAGCACCUUCUGUACUGCGGCCACAUUGUUCUGUGUUGGAUUAGAUAUUGUUCACCCCUCUAUCCUGCAGCGUCUUCUUGAGUUGACUGUGGACCUGUAUAGUAAUCAAAUGGCUACAGAUAAUGUUUUUUCUUUUGUGAGGUGUCUUCAUUUAAUGCACUUCCCAGAAAGAGUCUUGCAUAAGAGUUAUUCUCUGUAUGAAGAACUACAUGGCAAAGACGUCUGUGGACAUAAUCUGACUUAAACCCAUGAAAUACUUCACCUUGAGAAGAGUGCUGUGUGAAAGUCACCAGAUAGUCCACAACUUCGUUUCAUCUGACAUAGAUCUGAACAUCAGCAUAGGAGUACUUUCAUGAGAAAAUGAGGAAGUUGUAAACACUGAAGCAAAGAGAAACGUGACUCUUCCUAUAUUAAAUACAGAUGGACUUGGUUUAAGGGAACGGGGAUAACAGCUUUGGUGCUAAGUUAAUUAGAAAUUGCUGGCAUUCACACUGGUGUACUAGCCUGGUUUGCUGAAAUGUUUACCUGGGGGAGCUGGCAUUUGCUUGUGAAGGGAAAGAAUAAUACUCAGAAAAGCCCUGUGGAAUGACCAUGUGGUCAGUUUCAUGGUGAUGGCUCCUGUGUGCUGUUUUGGUUAGCCGGGAUCAUGAUUGGCCCAGCUCAGAGUGCAUGCUUUGUUCAAACUCAGCCUGGUUCACAUGACUUCUGCUUUAUUGUGGGAUGCUCUGUAAAGUUCCCCAUAUCCCAUGAAGCAGUGAAAGAGGAGCAGAGAUGCCUCUGAACUGCAGGAGAAAAGGCAGAGUGCCAGGCAGUAUCCUGUUGAGGGUGUAAACUCGUUUACUAUAGAUAAGUUUUCCUUUGAAUUAAAUUCUAGAGUGUCAGGCUUUUUUAAAAAAAAUAAAUAAAUAAAAUAAAUAAAUAACUGUUAUUCCUAAGCCAAAUUUAGUUUUUAGGGUUUUUUCCCCCCAUAACUUAUUCUUACCUUCCAACUUCAAACAUCUAUAUGACAUUUAGACUUCACAUAAAGUUUGUGUGAUACAGACGUGUUCUUGAGGCUGGUGGCAAAUCCUUUUUGGAAGCAAGACCCUCAAAUAGUUGGCUCAGGCCAUUUUAAGGACAGAGGCUCUGCCUGGUCCUCCUGGUGCUGUGAGCCACAUUGGCAGUUUCUUGUGAAGCUCGUGAAACUUUAAAGAAUGACGUUUUACCAUGAAAAUUAGGUUCUAGGCUCUUCUUUACCUGAGUGAACUUUUAAUCUGUGAGAGACUGACUGCAGCAGAGGUGGAUUUGAAGAAGCCAGACCUUGACCAAAGAUGCUGACGUACAACAUUAGGACCUUUCUACUCUAGAACCUCCUUCACAGUGGUGUGAGACCAUGCCAUCACUGAUGCCGUGCUCAUGCCAGCAUGCAGGAGGAUGCCAUCUGUCUCUUUCAGCCUCUUACUAGAGAAGGUUAUGCUAGAGGCAACGAUUGCCAGUCACAUGGCUAACAGGCAUUGGAAACAGCCGUAGCUUCUUUAAGAGCCAUUUCCUUUCCCAGUAGUGGACCAAGGCCGCCAUGGGACUCUGCUGAACCAAUAAAACCGUACUAGCAAAUGUUUAGAUUCUGGUGUAGCCAGAGCUUCUCCGCAGUGGCUGAAGUUGUUGUUUCCUCUUCUCUUUUGUGUGAUCAUCACAGAUGCCAUUUCUGUUCAGUGAUGAUUAUAGAGACUUUUAAUACAUAAAUGAACGGGUAUUGGUGCCUCUUUAUUUUUAAAAAAUUGAAGAAAAAGAGCCACCUCAUAUUCAGAGAGUAUGUGUUUUGUGAGUGUGUGAGCAUUUAAUUGAAAAUAAGUAAGGAAGUAAAUUUUUCGUUUUACUUUUUCCACAGCAGCUAAUGUGUAGGGAGACAUUAAACCCACACCAAAUCAUGUGGGGAUGGGGAUCCCCCAGUCGUCCUCUCCAAGUAACCAGUCCCAUAGACUGUGCAGCUCAGAUUCCUUAUUUUUAUGCUAUGUACUGUUUCCACCUCAGUGAUGGCAGCCUUUAGGACAGUGUCAAAAGCCAAGAGCUCUUGGAUUAUCUGCACAAUUCUAGCUGCUGGUGGACCACACAAGCCCUCUAUUUUCCCAGCCCAACCUCUCAUUAAGUAGACUGACAACAAUGCUGUCCGUCUCUUUAGUCCGCCGACUCAGGUUAUCUUCAGGGAAGGUAUGGAGAUGUGGCUUGUUCAGUUCAUCUCUAGGAUGUGUAUGGUGAAGACAAACCAAAUACUUUUCACCAUUGAACUGUCUGUACAUUAUCUUACAAUAGAAUACUGUGGUCUUGGGGAAUACAGAGAGGGAAUAUGUAGCAAGGAUCACAUACAAAACUUGGUGUUUCAUAAGCCUGCAGCUGACAGGUUAUAUGUGGUACUGCAGUGUUCACCAUAAGCAGGUACAAGCUUCAUUAACUUUCCAUUCUGAAUUACAAUUGAGUAGAUACCAAAAACAGAGUGGCAAAUGUAUUUUAUUUUAGUAGCGGACGAGGCAGUUAGUUUUAGGGUGAGUUUUCCGCUGUUGAUUUUACUUCGAGAUGUAGCAAGAGAAAUUUUUUUAAGGCAUUUUUAAGCUGUAGCAGGCAUAUGCUUCAUUUAUUUCCAAAGAGGAAAAAGCAGCUAGACUCCUAGCAUGUGCUUCGCUCCAUGGUAUGGCUGGAUACCUACACUUUGUAGUAGCCGACUGAAGCCACUCCCAGCCAGGCAGGUGUGAGCUUCUGUAGGGUUUAGUGCCUGAACAUUUCUUUUGGGAAGGGGCUGGAGUGAAUGUCCUGGGAUGGGAGGGAAGCAGAAGGACACAGGAGUGCGAAUGAGUGUGCAUGUGUGGAAAUUCCCCAUCACCCUGAAAGCUAGCAAGCAACCGCUGCUGGCCCUGUUUCAUUCAUGACCGCAGCGCGCAUGCCCUUCACCACGUUUUCUAACUCACACUAAGAACUCAUCAGAUCAUCUUGCUCAGAUGGCUCAGGAUUGUAUUUCUUUGGCUUACCCCGUGCUCCUGGGUUCUAUAGUGUUUCUAUAAUUAUGAAUAGUGUUGCACUGUAAUCUAUCAUAUAGAGCUAUAUGUAUGGAAAUUUUUGAUCAGUUUUUUAAGAGAUGUAUCCUGUUUGCAAAGGCACAAUAAAAUUGCAUCUUCUAGAUUAUAGGCAAUAAAGGUAACAAUAAACCUUACUUAAAUCAUACUGAUACUCUCUGCUCAUUUUAUUUUGGGGGGGAAAGUUAACAUAUCCAGUAGUUUCAGGGAUCUCAUUUUAACUUAAAAAAUCUGAUAUAUUUAAUUUAUAAAUUUCGGACUGAUACAUUAGAGUUUGGAAAACUAUAAGAAAUGCUUUGUUAUUGUGUGUAUUCCUAUGUAAAACAUAUGGCUUCUCCUGUGUAUAUUUUUUAAGAUUAAAGAAUUGCACAUU